AUGGAAAAUUUGCGCAAAGAUAAUCUGAACGAGAAGGCCGCCAACUUGACGCGAAGUACUGAGACCAUCAUUCCGUCAGAACCCGGCCUAGACUUGCCACCUCCCCUUCUGGCGGAUGGUCUGGAAGCAGAAAGGAAGACAGAAACACCCGUUCCUGAUGAAAAGUUAGAUAUUGUACCGCUACAAGAUGAUGCCGAAUGUCCAGUUAUGACCGUAAGGUCUGUUUUAGUCGGUGUAGUUCUCUCUGCUUAUGGCGUUGCAAUCACACAGCUGUUUUUUUUCAAGCCGGUUCAUAUGCAGAUAAAACUUAUGUUUCUUCAAAUAGCGUCGGUACUCAUUGGUCGAAGUUGUGCACUGAUUCCUGGUCCGAGAUGGUGGAAUCCAGGUCCGUUUAGCUUGAAAGAGGCGGGGUUUUCUGCUUUGAUGGGAACAACCGCAAGCGGUGCCACUCUGGCGUCAGAGAUGAUAGUGGCGUACGAGUUAUACUUUGGUCAGGUUAUAAACUUCGGUAUUGCCUUUGGGAUUUUAUUGAGCUCGCAGCUCAUUGGGGUUGGAUGGGCGGGCUUACUGCAGCCUGUCUUGGUAUAUCCUUCUCGCGCUGUCUAUCCUGAGGCACUUCCUAGCGUCUCGCUUUUGAAUUCCCUGUUCAAAGUGGGAGCUGAAUCAGCGGACCAGGUAAAAUUCUUCAAGAAGGCUUUCCUAGCAGUUGCAAUUUACGAGAUAUUCCCGACUUACAUCACACCGGCUUUCCAAGCCAUCAGUACCUUCUGCUUGACUUUACCAAAAAAUCAACUCACUACCAUAAUCUUUGGAGGAGCUCGACCAUUUGAAGGAAUGGGAAUGUUCAGCUUUUCGGCGGAUUGGUCCAUGAUCGGUGACCAAGGACCGCUAUAUAUGCCUCUCAGUACCCAAAUACAUCAACUGGUUGCUUUGGUGAUUUCAACUCUGGCCUACUUCCUGGUCUAUUCAAAAUCUAUGUUUGAUUCUGGACUCAGCCAAAACUUUCCAUUUAUGUCUACCAGUCUACUUACUUCAGGUGGGAAGCCAUAUCCAUACCGGCAAGCUAUCAAUAACGAUGGUACAGCCAACGAGGAGUUUAUAAAGAGGACGGGAAUCCCUUUUUUCACCGCCACCUUCUACUUGGUUCAGAUUCUCCGUUCAGUUUGUUUUACCAGUUCCAUCUCCCAUGCUAUCUUGCACAAUUACCACGUUAUUGGUUCACUAUUUAUGAAGUCGAAGCGUGCGGAAAAGAUUGACCCGCACCGAUUGGCUUGUAUGAAAUACAAAGACUUUCCCCAAUGGGGCUUUGCUGCAAUUGUGCUCGUUGCCGUGGCGUUGACCUUUGGGAUGUCAUCACUCAGCAACUCCGGAAUAUCUUUUGUUGGUUUACUUGUUGCUCUCGUAGGAUCAUUCUUGAUGACACUGGGAACAGGGUUUAUAUACGCAAUCACUGGUUUUGUAGUGCAGUUGACUGCGGGCGUCCAGAUGUUUGUGGGCCUUCUGUUCCCGGGAAAUGUGUUUGGGAUCAUGUGGUUUACUGUCUACGGGGCAUCCAGCGCUCUCCAAGGCUUCAUCAUGCUGAUGAAUCUAAAAUAUGGACAAUACCUACACCUACCACAAAAUCUUGUAGUUCGCUCCCAACUGCUGGGCUGUAUGGUUGGAUGCUUGACUACUCUAGCAAUUGUGAAAUCAAUCCUCAAGUAUGAGCAUGACGUCUUACUGUUGCCAAAUGGGAAUGGUGUCUUCUCAGGCGCUGGAGUUGCUGCAUUCCAGGCUCGCUCUUUCUGGGCCCGGAAAUAUCGAAAGCAAUGGUUCAAAAAGUACAACUACAUUCUGUCUGCUGCUCUUGAUGGAGGGACAGAACUGGUGGUGUUUUUCUUGGCAAUGAUUUUUCAAGGUGGUGGUGGCAAAAACAUUAAUUUCCCUACGUAUUUCCUCAACCCUGUCUCCUCAACUCCAAGAGAUUAUUGCUACAUGAAUCCUGAGGCUCGAAGGAGCAAUUGA